UGGGCUCUUUCUGUGCUUGCACAAGCUCAAAUAACAACACUUACUGGUGUUUGCGAACAGUUAAUGACACCCACAAUUUUCUCUUUUGUGAGUUUGCGACUGGCUUCUUGGAAUAUUUUGAUAUGAACACUGAUCCCUAUCAGCUGACAAAUACAGUACAUACAGUGGAAAGAGGCAUUUUGAAUCAGUUACACAUACAGCUAAUGGAACUGCGAAGCUGUCAAGGUUAUAAGCAGUGCAAUCCGAGACCAAAGGGACUUGAAACAGGAAAUAAAGAUGGAGGAAGCUAUGAUCCACACAGAGGACAGUUAUGGGAUGGAUGGGAAGGCUAACCUGCCCAGUUUCACUGGCGACAUCGACUGGCAAGGACUGGAAGACUUGUACAGUGUGAAUGAAAGUGUAUAUGAAUACAGAUACAACUAUAGACUUAGUCUGGCUGACUGGACUAAUUACUUGAAGGAUGUAGAUAGAAUGUUUGCACUGCUGAACAGUUACUACCAGCAAAAUAAAACGGACAAGGCUAACACUGCUCGAAGCAACAGGGACGGGGACGAAUCAUCCACGCCGUUUACCUUGGUGGAAAUGACUUCUGCUGAAGAAUCGAGCGGCUUGCCUGCAGAAGAGUUGCAGCUUAUCGUGCCAACGGACUUUGCAGCCCUCGCUUUGAGCACAGUGAAUUUAAGUCAGGAGAGGAAACUUGAAUUAAACAACGAUAUUCCUGAGAAAAGUAGUUUGAAUGACGCACACUGGAGAAAUAAUCAUCAAGCUGAAAAAUGGAUGGAGGAUAAAGAAUCGGACCGGUUUGAUAUGGAUUUCAGUGGAAAUGGUCUGAUAGAGUUAGAGUCCCGGCAUAGCUUCAUGCUACAACCCAUCAGCAUUCCUCAAAAGGACACUCAUCAGGACAGUGACGCUGUGGAAGAAAUAUUUGAAGAUCAAAUCUAUCUUCCCAUGAGGUCUGAUGAACCCCUUGUCCAUCAGGCUGUAAAUGUAUCCAUUAGGGAUUCAUCUAUCGGUACCCAGAAAACAGGACCUUUCUUAGAAAAAACGGAACAGAGUCUUGCAGGGGAAACUUCACAAAUCCUAAAUGUAGAGGGCAGUGCCUCAGCUCCACUCUCCUUGGAGUAGAUCAAGCUGUAAACCAUUAAAUAAGUUCCCCUUUUUCUUAUUAGCAAACUAAUAAAGGUAAUCAUAACAACUGACAUUCCAUGUUUAUUGUAGAUACAUCUUGCAGCUAAAUUGAGCCCAGUUCAGUAUUUGUCUGUGUGCAUUUUUUUUUUAUUCACACGCACAUAUUUUCACAGUAAUUCUCCCCACUGGGAAGCAAGAUUUCCAGUUUUUUAAUGAAAAGAAACAGUGUUAACUUUCAAAUGCAGUAGCACAUUCUCCAAAAGUUAAAAAUUAGUCCUUUGAAGAGGAUGUUUGAGUUACUUUCUCUAAUUCCAAAUGACUCCACCAUGAAUGAAUGUUUCAGUCCACCCAAUCUGUCUGCAUAAUGUCUUUUUCAUAAAUUAUUUUAACCACUGGAAGUUCCUAAUGUCACGCUUUUAAGUAAAAUGCACUUUGAAUAUCUGUAUGCCAUACCAUUUACGAAUCCCAUACCUUACGUGUUCUUGGUUUGCUCAUUGUCUCAUGUAAUUGUGAAACCAAUAAAUAGAUUGACAGGAAAGAGGUAAACAGCAUGGACUGUGGAAACAGACUCCUUGAAUAUUAUUUUAGCAAAAAUAUUGCAUGUUUUUGUUAUUUUGAUUUAAUUAAGUUUACUCUCAGAAAGGUAUGGCUAAUGAUUGUUAACUGUAGGAGGAUUUGUUUAUAUUGGAUUGUUUCCCUGUAUGUUGAUGUUGUCAGUAUUAAAAAUCCAUGAGGUUUUUUGACUUUUUUUUUUUUUCCUGAUACUGGUAGAAAGGUUUACAUCAAUACGUAUAUGCUUUUGUCAUCACAUCUGAUUUUUAUUAUCCUGAGCAAUAUCUUGAAAGCAUUAUUAUCAUUUUGAGACUUAAAUUCUUUUUGUUUUGAACAGGCAUUAAAGGGAAUGAUAAAAUCAUGUUAGAUUUACAUUAUUUUAGAUACAAAAGGCACAUGAGGUAAAAAAUAGUAGUUUAGAUAAUGUUGUAUUCUAAAUUUUUCUUGAACUUUACCAAACAUUAAAUUUUAUAAAGUAUAAUACAAAAAUGACUUUGAAAAUCUGUAUUACUCGAAACUUAAUAUCUUCCCUUGCUUUUUUAUAAAUUUCUAAAUAAUUAGCACAACAACAACAAAAGAGAAUUACCUCAAACAGAUGUAAUUCCAGUGUCCAGUUCACAGGUGUGUUUCCUAUCUGUUACAUGUUAUUUAGUGUAGUGAGUAUUUUCUGGCUAUUGCAAGCACUGCAGGUUAAACUUACAUUCAUUGCAUUGUAUUUUAAGUUGAAACUUUUUUAAAAGGAAAUUCUUUUAGUAGGAUUUUAAUAAUUUUAAGAAGCAGUCUUUCUGAUGGACUCUGUACAUAUGUUAAAAUUACUAGCUCCUUAUCUGAUGUAUGUGUCAUGGGCUGAUUGAUAGAAAAACGUAUUUAUGGUCAUGAAUGAUGCUCUUUGUACAUAGGUUUUAAGUUACUAGGAUACAGACUGUGUUUUUAAAUCUUGUAUAAUAUUUCUGUGAUACUUUUAUAGAACAAUUCUGGCUUCGGGAAAGUCUAGAAGCACUAUUUCUUGAAAUAAAAAGUGUUUUACUUUACCUGC